AUGGCUACCCCCAGUGUCCUCACCUUCGACGCUGAGGGCAGAGCCAUCGACUUUGACGUGUGGGUAGACGACCUGCUGCUUUUCCUACAGUGCGACAGAGCUGACAGCCUCUCUCUCUUUGACCUCACUUCUGGUGCCUCUCCCGCCCCUGCUGCUACUGAGGAUGCCACUGUUCGCUCACAGUGGGCCACACGCGAUGCUGCUGCACGUCUUGCUGUGCGUCGCCACCUCCCUCCCUCUGAGCGUGCACACUUUGGGUCGUACAAGAGUGCUCAGACCUUGUACGACGCCGUUAUUGCACGCUACUCCACCCCUGCCACUGCUGCACUGAGCCGCCUCAUGCUACCGUACCUCUUUCCCGACCUUGCUUCUUUUGCCACAUACUUCACUCUCUACUACAUUCUCACCCGCCUCCCUGACUCCGACGACUUACUCUCAGUCUGCCCCACCACUCUCACUGUUGACCUCCUCGAGAAGUCCCUCCUAGCAGCUGAGAAGAGCAUUCUCGCUGUAGGGGCCUCUCGUGGUGACCCGCGCACCCCCAUCUUUGAGGGGUGUUCCCCCUCCCCCCUCCUGCCCUCUGUCGCCUCUGCUGCUACGGCCGACCUAGUUGGUUUUGAGUCGGUCGGUGCGGCGUCUGCCCCCAGUGGGAGACGUCGCUCUAGCAAGGGCAAAGGGGGCAGGAGCGGUGGUGGAGGCGGCGGGGGCGGUGGGAGCGGCGGUGGAGGCAGCGGAGGAGGUGGGGGUGGUAGCGGGAGUGGUGUCGGGAGUGGAGGUGUCAGCGGCGGCAGUGGAGGCGGGGGUGGCAGCGGCGGUGGUGGUGGGAGUGGAGGCGGAGGCGGCGGUGGCGGCAGCGACGGUGGGAGUGGCGGUGGCAGCGGAGGUGGUGGCGGCGGCGGCGGAGGAGGCGGCGGAGGAGGUCGUGGCUCGUCGCAGAGGAGUGGCUCCGGUGGCGGUCAGCGCCAACAGCAGCGGCAGCAGCGUGGUCAGGAGACCCUCUCCCCGCAGCAGCUCCGUGAGUGGUACGCUGCACGUCAGAGGGGUGGGGGUACUGGUCCGUGCACCUACGUCUUGCGCACGGGCGACCGUGCGGGUGAGCCGUGUGGUGGUCCACACCCCGCCCAGCGCUGCUUCGGCCGCCUGACUGACGCUUGGCGCCGCCAGUUUCCUGACGCCUCUGAGAUCCCUCGCUGGGACCAGCUGUCUAGGGUAGGGGUAGCUAUCUUUGAUCUUGACUUUGAUGCUAUUCUUGCUGCCAUGUAUGCUGUGACUAUUAGUGAGGAGGGUGACUGUUACCGGUGUUUCCCGCCCGACCCGGGCAUUGGUACUGCGGCUCUAGGUGCUGUCGAGGCUGCUGCUCCAGGUGCUGGUGAGGCUGUCGCUCUAGGUGCCAGUGAGUCUGUGUCCUCAGGUGCUGGUGAGUCUGCUCUCUCAGGUACUGCGUCGGCUCCGCCCUCUCUCACCUUCACUCUUGACUCAGGGGCGUCUCGCUCCUUCUUUCGAGACCGCACCACACUCACGCCGCUUAGUCGGCCAGUGGCGGUCUCCCUGGCGGACCCCUCUGGGGGUCCUAUUCUGGCUCGCUACUCCACUGUCCUGCCGUGCCCUGCGGUCCCGUCUGGCGCCCUGUCCGGUCUCUACCUCCCCUCGUUCUCUACGAACUUGGUGGCGGGUGCUGACCUACAGGAUGCAGGGGUCGACCAGUUCACCCCUGCACGCCGACGGGACACCCACUGCACGGACGCGGACACGGGUCGACACUUGACCACGUUCACACGUGGGCCGGGGUCGAGCCUGUACACACUCACUGUUCCGUCUCCUCCUCCUGCGUCUGGUCAGGUAGCUGCGUCGGGUCAGGUGUUUGCUGCAGCGUCCAGGUCUGGUCCUGAGUCUGCCCCCUGCUCGUGUCGCCUCCUGUCCCACGAGACCCUCCUGUGGCACCACAGGAUGGGUCACCCCUCCCUGCCUCGUCUCCGGGGCAUGGCCUCUCGCCUUCUUGUCUCUGGCCUUCCCCGGUCCCUCCCUCCCCUUCCUCCGGGGCCUGGCCCUCCCUGUGUCCCCUGUGUCGAGGGUCGACUGCGGGCUACCCCUCACUCCUCCCCGUUUCCUCCGACAGAGGCCCCGAUGCAGACGCUUCACAUGGACGUGUGGGGCCCAGCCCGCGUCCGUGGACAGGGUCACGAGCGCUACUUCCCGCUGGUGGUUGACGACUACUCGCGUUACACCACAGUCUUCCCCUUGCGCAGCAAGGGUGAGGUCACUGAGGUGUUGAUCGACUGGAUCCGCGCAGCUCGUCUCCAGCUCAGGCGGAGCUUCGGCUCGGACUUUCCUGUUUUGCGUCUGCACUCGGACAGAGGCGGAGAGUUCUCCUCCAGCCUUCUGCGAGCCUACUGUCAGGCACGAGGCAUCCGCCAGACCUUCACGCUUCCGGACUCUCCACAGCAAAAUGGGAUUGCUGAGCGCCGCAUCGGCAUUGUCAUGGACGUCGCCCGUACGUCCAUGGUGCAUGCGGCUGCCCCCCAUUUUCUGUGGCCGUUUGCGGUUCGGUACGCCGCGCAUCAGAUCAACCUUCAGCCCAGGGUGUCCAGACCGGAGACCUCCCCAGCUUUACUGUGGACGGGGAAGGUUGGCGAUGCGUCGGCGUUCCGUGUCUGGGGAUCUCGGGCGUUUGUCCGCGACUUGUCUGCGGACAAGCUGUCCCCUCGUGCUGCUCCUUGCGUCUUCCUGGGUUUCCCCCCUGACGCACCUGGGUGGCAGUUUUACCACCCCACCUCUCGUCGUUUUCUGUCCUCCCAGGACGUCACGUUCGACGAGUCGGUUCCCUUCUACCGGCUCUUCCCCUACCGCACUCCGUCCCUCCCCCCCCCGCCCCUCUUCCUGGUCCCAGGUCCCCCCCCGGUAGACCCCCUCCCCCCUCAGGGUCCUGCCCCUUCAGGUGUGUCUCAGGUAGACGCGGUCGAGCCUGUCGAGGUCACUGGUGACUCUUGUGCUGCUGCGGGUGCGGAGCCUCGGGGUGCUGAGACUGGGGGUGCGAAGACUGGGGGUGCUGAGCCUGGGGGUGCUGAGACUGGGGGUGCUGAGCCUGGGGGUACUGAGCUUGGGGGUGCUGCGACUGGGGGUGCUGAGCCUGGGGGUGCUGAGACUGGGGGCACUGAGCCUGGGGGUGCUGAGCCUGGGGGUGCUGUGCCUGGGGGUGCUGAGCCUGGGGGUUCUGCGUCUGGGAGUGCUGCGCCUGCUGCUUCUGUUCCUGGUGGUUCUCCAGACCGUUCUUCGCGCCGCGAGCCGCUCUCUCCUCUAGAGCUACGUGAGUGGUUUGCCCGGCGCUGGAGGCGAGCUGCUGGAGCCGGGGGUACUGCGGGUGCUGGAGGUUCCGUUGCUGCCGAGGGAGCUGGUACCACGGGUCCUGGAGGUGCUCGUACUGAGGGUACUGGAGCUGCCGGGCCCGGGGGUGCCUCUGGAGCUGGAGCUGCUGCGGGUGCUGGCGCUGAGGCUACGACUGUCGGUCCUACUGCGGGUACUUCUGCAGCUGCUGGUGGUGCUGGAGUUGGAGCUGCUACUGGUGCUGGUGCUGCCUCUGGAGGUGUUGGUCCUGUCCCUGCUGUCUCUGGCGGUGCUGCGCGGCCUCGGCCGUACUUCGUUUCGCUCCUUCAGCAGGUUCUUGGUCUCCCGCCUUCCACUGGUCCUUCUCCUCCCGUAGAGUGUCCGCAGCCUAUCCCGUCACGGUCACAGUUACAGCCCGCCUCUCCUCUGCCUUCUCCUUCUCCCUACGCUGGUCCUACUGGAGGUCUUGCUGAGCGUCGUGAGCCUGCGUCCCGCCCUGUGUCGCCAGUCCGAGCUGCUUGCACUAGUGGUCGCGCUUCGCGUCAGCGUCCUCCUCCUGUCCCUGGCACGCACCAGAUGUCUCUGCGUCCGUCCACUGCUCCUCUGCGUGCCCCUUUGCCUUCUCCUCCUCAGUCUUCUCUUCCUACUCUUGCCGACCCGGAGUCGGACUCUCACCGUGCUGCCAGUCCUACUGUCACGCGUCUUCUUGCUACUCUUGUCACGGACCCUUCCUUUGAGUCCGCUGCUGCGUCUGCCCUAGUUGCUGAGCUGGUCGACUUUGCUGCUGCGUGUCGUCUGGACUACGCUGCCAGUCUUGUUGCUAAGUCUGCUGAGUCUGCGUCUGCUGCGCCUGCGUCUGCCUGUCCUCCGUCCGUCGGGGGUGACUGUGCUCUUGGCACGGACGUCCUUGAGGACAGGCAGGAGGAGUUCCAGUGCUUUGCCGUCGCUUUGCCCCAUCUCGUGUCCAUGCUUGUUGCCUCUGAGGGAGACCCGGAUGCUCUAGACAUCCCGACCCCACGCUCUUACGCAGAGGCGAUGGCCGGUCCCUACUCCUCUCAGUGGCAGUCAGCCAUGGACGCAGAGAUGGCUUCCUGGAAGUCCACAGGCACCUACGUUGACGUUGUUCCCCCUCCUGGGGCGAACAUUGUCAGUGGCAUGUGGAUCUUCAGGGUGAAGCGGCCGCCGGGUUCUCCGCCUGUCUUCAAGGCGCGCUACGUGGCUCGUGGCUUCAGUCAGCGACAGGGAGUUGACUUCUUUCAGACCUUCUCCCCGACCCCGAAGAUGACCACUCUUCGGGUUCUGCUACACGUCGCUGCUCAGCGUGACUACGAGCUACACUCUCUUGACUUCAGGACUGCUUUCCUGCAGGGCCGCCUGCACGAGGAGAUCUGGCUGCGCCGCCCUCCUGGCUUCACUGGGUCGUUCCCUCCUGGUACCCAGUGGAGCCUCCGGCGGCUAGUCUACGGUCUCCGCCAGGCGCCGCAUGAGUGGCACGACACACUGAGGACUACACUUGCGGCUCUUGGGUUUGCUCCUUCUACUGCUGACCCGUCGCUGUUUCUGCGCACCGACACCUCGCUGCCGCCGCUCUACAUCCUCGUGUACGUCGACGACUUGGUCUUUGCCACUGCGGACACUGCCGCACUCGCCCACGUGAAUUCCGAGCUGCAGAAGAGACACACGUGCACAGACCUGGGUGAACUGACAAGCUAUCUUGGCUUGCGGAUCACCCGGGACAGAGCACGCCGCACCAUUACCCUGACCCAGUCACACAUGGUGCAGCAGGUCCUUCAGCGCUUCGGCUUCACGUACUCCUCGCCUCAGUCCACUCCUCUGCCUACGGGACACUCGCUCUCAGCUCUGCCUUCGGAUGAGUCCGUAGAGUCGAGUGGUCCGUAUCCAGAGCUUGUGGGCUGCCUCAUGUACCUGAUGACUUGCACUCGACCUGACCUCGCAUACCCUCUCAGCAUCUUAGCACGCUAUGUUGCUCCCGGCCGUCACCGGAAGGAGCACAUGGAUGCAGCUAAGAGGGUGUUGCGCUACUUGUGCAGUACGUCGGGCAUGGGGCUAAUGCUUGGAGGGCGUGAGCGGCCUGUGCUCACUGGGCACUCAGACGCUUCUUGGGCUGACGACCAGGCUACUCAGAGGUUGUCUCAGGGUUACACCUUCAGUCUUGGCUCUGGCUCUGUCUCUUGGCGCUCUACUCGCUCUUCUUCGGUUCUCAGCUCCAGCUGUGAGGCUGAGAUCUACGCCACGGCCAUGGCUGCCCAGGAGCUUCGCUGGCUCACCUACCUGCUGACUGACCUUGGAGAGCGGCCUCGUUCUCCUCCAGUGCUGUACGUCGACAACAAGGCAACCAUUGCCUUGUGUGAGGAGCACAGACUGGAGCACAGGACGAAGCACAUUGCUCUGCGCUACUUCCUUGCUCGAGAGCUGCAGCAGCGUGGUCAACUUCGCCUGCGUUUCGUGGCCACUGAGGCCAACACUGCUGAUGUGUUCACCAAGGCACUUCCGCCUCGUGACCAUCAGCGCUUUUGCACUCUGCUAGGCCUUGUGCCCACUGGGCCUCACUUGCUUACCUCUUGA